AUGUUCCGUGAGGAACUAAUCAGUCACCGGAAAAUUAAUGGAGCCAUCCGUGAUAUAGUGAUUACAUCACAAACGAGCCAUCUCAAAAAUGUAUUAAAGCUUAUAGGCUGUUGCCUGGAAUUCAAAUACGCGGCGAUGGUAUAUGAAGAUGCUGGAAUUGAACUUCUAACUGAUCUACUUUACUCGAACUGCGAUAAUUUUUUCCCCUGGAAAAGCAGACUCAAAGUCGCAGCUGAUAUUGCAUAUGUAAUUGCCUAUCUUCAUGCUGCAUUUCCCAGGCCUGUGAUCUAUAAUAGAGAGCUAAGGACAGAUAAAGUGAUCAUCGAUCGAUUUGGUGUUACUAAAAUGUUUGACUUCUCAAACUCAGUAAUGCUUCCCCCUGGAGAAUUCCAGGUGAAAGAUGUUUUGUUAGUGGAUUGUAUAAAUAUGGACCCUGAGUAUGCAAAGUCAAAAACUGUUAACCAGAAAACUGAUGUCUAUAGUAUUGGCUUGCUUUUACUCAAUCUCCUGGCUGGACAACAAUCUAUAUGGCCACAUCCGGUAGAUGAAAUAGUCAGAAUCAGUAAGUGCGACACGGGCUUUUUGCAGAAGGAUCAAUUAAAACAUUACGUAGAUCAGAAAAUUACAGAAGAAGGGGGGAAUGAAGCAGAGAUACAAUUGCAAGAUUUCCUAGAUAUUGCUUACAGAUGCAUCCAAGAGAAGGGAGAAGAUAGGCCAGAUAUGAUGACUGUUGCUAAAGCGCUGCGGAAAAUCGAGAAGUCAGGUCACCGUUCCUAG